AUCAAUCAGCCGUCUGAGAGUUUGUGGUGUUGGCAGUAAAGGAGUGGGGACUUUGUUCAUUGCCCGAUUCUAAAUUUGGUCACCUGUUAAUCUUAGAACAGAGCUCCAGCCAGGACCAUGGCCAAACCGGCUAUUCCGCUCUUUGGCGAAGAAUUGACGGAGCUUAAAUUUGACGGGUUUCUUGACUGGUUCGUUCACGUUGAAGACCCCAGGCCCCACUGGGACGUGCAGCCCACAUAUCUCAUUGCUCAGUUUGCAUUUUUACUUGGUGGAAUAUGCACCUUCAUUCAUGCAAUAUGGUCUGGAGGUAGAAUGCCAUUUUUGUGGCUUGGUAUUCUUCUCCAUGGUCUAGUUGUGGAAAUGGCAGCUUACUGGGUUCCGGACAUUGAUAAUUUUUGGCAUUCGCAAACGCCCGUGAUACUAUUGGGACGUAGACUUCCUCUACAUAUUAUGUGUCUUUACCCCUGCUUUCUAUACAAUGCUUCAGUGGCAGUUUCAAAGCUGCGCCUCCCAAAAUGGGCCGAACCCUUUGCCGUAGGACUGACCGUGGUGCUCAUUGAUAUCCCCUAUGAUAUCGUUUCGGUCAAAUUUGUUCAUUGGACGUGGCACGAUACUGACCCCAACAUUUAUGAUCGACACUAUUGGGUGCCAUGGAACUCUUACUAUUUCCACUCAUGCUUUGCCGCUUCUUUCACCUUUUGGUUCCACGGCUUUCGAAGGUGGAUCAAGGGAUGUAAUGACGGAGAGGAAACCAAGUGGAAGACAAAAGGCUUUAUCUACGAAUUUGGGGUAACUUGCUUGGCUGCUUUACUGGGAAUGCCUGGUGGUGUUCUUCUGUUCUUGCCACUUUACCACCCACUCCAUGAUAUCUACGGAAUACACUCGGAGGUCACAUACUUCAUUCUGUUCUCCAUUUUCCUGGCGUUCGCUUGGUCAGGAGAUAGAAAAGCCCACCCAGAUGCAAAACCAAAAACUCAUUUCUUGGGAAAAAGUUGGAUUCUGCUGGUCCAUUUGAUUGUCCACUACGCUUCAUUUCUCGCAAUGACUAUUUUCUUCAACCCUGAAGAUGAAAUAUCAAGUGGACUUCAUGAAACUGUUGGCCCGUGCAACGAAACUCUACCAGUCAAUACAGCCUUUGGAAUGGUACUGCAAAAGCGGAAAUACCUUUGCACUAAAGAUUAUGACGAGGAUUACUUUGACUUCCACUGUGUGAGAAAAACACCUUCUAACCUUGCGUCGUGGUACACGAUUUGUGGCACCCCAUUCAGGAACAGAGCUGAAUACAUUGCUGUGAUUGGAGCAAUUACUUUUUUGGCAUUUAAUGUAUUGCGAAAUAUGCACUUUAAUGCUGGAAAUGAGGUUGACACUUCUAGGAGAAGCGCAGCACAACUUCUGACCAACAAAAAGAAGAGAAACUAGAGGAACCUGAACCUUGCUGAACCCAAAAAUAAAAGUUUCUUAAAUUACAAA